GUGUGAAAUGGCUGACAUCUAAAUACCGAGAGGUUUUCUUUGUUUUACUUCGAUAUUUUCUACGUUAAAUCCUUCCGCGAGUGGAAAAUAUUGUUAAUUUUAUAGGAUAUGUUAAUUAAAAGUCACAGGCAGUGCGCGUAGUUAAUUUAGUGCAUGAGAUCGCGACCACAAUACAUUUCGUUCAUACAGGUUUGACACAAAAACCUGUCAAUUCUUCGACCAGCAGAUUAUAAUUUAUUUUCGCAUUUUCCGAAGGUAAUUGAUAUUUUCCUAUAGAAUUUUCGUUUAAAACGGCGUAAAAUAUAAAAGGCUACGAUAUUUCGACAAUUCCCGAUGCGAAAUUAAAGCGAUUUUGUUGGAAUGCGAUACAGAAACUUUGAUUUGUAUUUAGAAAAGAAGAACAUAUCAGAAUCAAAUUCUGGAAUGAUAUAGUGUCAUAAUUUAAGAUGAAUAUUUUCAAUAUGAAUGUAAAACUGUAGUGUAAGGCUGAGCAUGGGACAAGCGCCUCGGUCUAUCGACAUGAAUCAAAACACCUCAGCCCGGUCUCCGGGCUACCAUCAAAAGGCUAUGGAAGAGAUUCAAAAUUCUCUGAGGCCUUUUGCGAAGAGUGGUAGUGAAGUUUUAGGAUCUAGUGCAGCAAGUACAAUAUCAAAUUUCUCAGCUACAAGUGGAAUUAGUUCUAUGAGCUCUACGUCAGGUUCGAAUGGUGAUAAUGGUAAAGAUCACUUACAGAUUCGACAUGCGUUGGCUCAGUUAAUAAGUAUGGGGUAUUCAGAGGAGUCAGCUAUGAGAGCCCUGCAAUUGGCCAAUGGCCGCGUGGAACUGGCCUUGGAUUACUUGGGCAAACAGUUUUCUGACCCAACAGGCAAACCCAGCGCUGGCUAUACCAAGCUUAUUCGCAAGCCCAGCAUCGAAAGGGAGUUGGUAUUACCCAGAGGAAGUCCAGCCUUGGACUCUGGUGCUGGAAGUUCACGUUCGGACAGUCCAAGAAUGCCAGACAUCCAUUCAUCAAGAUACUCGCCCAGCUUCGCCCAGGAACCGCCUCCCCCGCCUCCUCCUCGAACCACGCCUCCUCCGCCACCUCCCCACGUAGGCGCGUCCUACCAGCAGCAGGUGCCGAGCAACGUGCAGCAGAUGUUUAAGCGGAUGUCGCCAGCGCCACCGGUGGUACCAGCCAGGGCUCCUCAGGUGGCCACUACCAGUGCUGGAGCUUACGGUGGUGGAGGGCAAAGAGGGACUAGUCCUGUGGGAGGGGGAGGAUCCAGCAGGCAGCCGAUGGUGGUGCAAAACGGGCCGCAGGUACAACAGCAACUCUCACAACAAAUGCAAGCUCUGAGCAUCUACACCAAUAGCAGCGUGAACGCCUCUGAACCUCCUCCGCCUUACCCACUGAUCAGCACAGGUCCUGGAUCUGCUCCCCCUCCGCCUAGUUACUCCGUUUCAAUUCAGAACAGGCAGAGCCCUACGCAGGAUUUCAGAAAGAGCCCUUCAUCUGGGAUCUACUCUGGAUCUACAUCUGCAGGUUCGCCUAGUCCUGUGCCUGUUUCUACUGCCACCACACCUACGCCAAUGGCUAGGCCUACGCCACUGCAAGCUUGGGGUGCCAGGCAAGCUGUGUCGCAGCCCCCUAUAAUUAUGCAGUCUGUCAAAAGUACCCAAGUCCAAAAGCCAGUACUGCAGACUGCGACAGCUCCUCCCAUACCUGCUACACCAAAUGGCCAAACCACGCCCCCGGCCACUUCUGCCCCGCCACCCUCCUACACAGCUUCCAUCCAGCAGAAGGCGUAUACGAACGGAGGCGGAGCUUCUGGCAAGCCGGCCGCGCCCCUUCCAGGCGGGGUCUGCUCUAAUCAGGGCGCGGUUAACGUGCCCACUACGGAACCGCCCAGCUACGCGAGUAGCAUGCAGGCCAAAGCCAAGGCUACAAGGGCUCAUCCACCAUUGCCACCAUUACCGUACCCAGACGACACUCAUACAACUUUCACUACUCAAUCUCACUCGCAUCCCCCACUCCAAAGAAAGUUCUCCCCUGCUGUAAGCGGGGCCAACGAGUGCUGCAGGGCGGAUAGUCCUCAUUCGACAGGAUCGAGCGAGGGAAGGAGUCUGUAUCCCACGGACAACGGAGCACCGCCUUUACCACCUACCGCAUCAACGUCGGUGAAACCCAAUCCUAAUAACAACAACAAUCAUGUAUGUAUUAAUGGAAAUUCAUCGUCAGAGAGCAACGGUAGUAAGAAUUCUGCAGAGGGACCACCACAGUUGCCGCCUUAUGCAAAAAUAAAACACCAGUCUCCUAUACCGGAAAGGAAGAAGAUCAGCAAGGAAAAAGAGGAAGAAAGAAGAGAUGGUAAAGUGAAGAACUACUCUCCACAAGCGUUCAAGUUCUUCAUGGAACAACAUAUAGAAAACGUGAUAAAGUCCUACAGUCAGCGAAUGUUCAGAAGGAUGCAGUUAGAGAAAGAAAUGGUUAAAAUCGGUUUGAGUCCAGAAGCUCAACAGCAAAUGCGAAAAAUGCUGUCUCAAAAGGAAUCAAACUAUAUUCGUUUGAAAAGAGCCAAAAUGGACAAAAGUAUGUUUGUUACCAUCAAACCCAUAGGCGUAGGUGCUUUUGGAGAGGUUACUUUAGUGAGAAAAAUCGACACCAACCAUCUGUAUGCCAUGAAGACCUUGAGAAAAGCGGAUGUCUUGAAACGUAAUCAGGUUGCCCAUGUGAAAGCUGAACGAGAUAUAUUGGCUGAAGCUGACAAUGAAUGGGUUGUCAAACUGUAUUAUUCUUUCCAAGACAGUGACAUUUUGUAUUUUGUUAUGGACUAUAUACCUGGAGGUGACCUAAUGUCACUAUUAAUCAAAUUAGGAAUUUUUGAAGAAAGGCUAGCAAGGUUUUAUAUCGCAGAGUUGACUUGCGCAGUUGAGAGCGUUCACAAGAUGGGAUUUAUUCACAGGGAUAUCAAACCAGAUAAUAUUCUCAUAGACAAAGAUGGUCAUAUUAAAUUGACUGAUUUUGGGUUGUGUACAGGUUUCAGGUGGACGCAUAAUUCAAAAUAUUAUCAACCAAAUGGAGAUCAUAGUAGACAAGACUCGAUGGACCCCAUAGAUGACUGGAGCGAAGAGUGCAAAUGUAAAGUCUUGAAACCGUUAGAAAGACGAAGAAGGAGGGAACAUCGAUGUUUGGCGCACUCUCUGGUCGGAACGCCGAACUAUAUCGCUCCUGAGGUGCUACAACGUAAAGGCUACACCUGCGUUUGUGAUUGGUGGAGCGUCGGUGUUAUUUUGUACGAGAUGUUGGUCGGUCAGCCUCCGUUUUUAGCCAAUAGUCCAGCAGAAACGCAACACAAAGUUAUAAAUUGGGAAACAACUCUACAAAUACCCAAGCAAGCAAACUUGUCUGAAGAUGCCACAGAUCUGAUAUUGAAGUUAUGCUGUAGUGCAGAGAAGAGGUUAGGAAAGAAUGCAUCUGAGGUCAAGAAUCAUCUUUUUUUCAAAGAGAUUGACUUUGAAAAGGGCCUAAGAAGACAACCUGCACCAUACAAGCCCAAAAUCGACUAUCCUACAGACACUUCCAAUUUCGAUCCUAUAGAUCCCGAUAGAUUGAGGAACAGCACUUCAAUAGAUUCAUCUAAUUCAGAUGACAUAACAGAUAACUCAAAAUUGUUUCACGGAUUCUUUGAGUUCACAUUUAGGCGAUUUUUUGAUGACGGAGGCGUAUCGGCGCUCAACAAAAUCAACUUGGACGACAACGAAAACCAAGGAGGUCCAGUCUACGUAUGACGACACAGAUAACCAACAGUCGUCCCUUAUAUACGUCAUCGUGAGGGUUGGAAGCCCUAUAAAACAGAUAGAGAGGUAUAUUUGAAUGUGUAUGCGUUAUCCUUUUUUGACCAUAACCUCUCUACUACAUAUUUUUUGUUUGUUUUUUUCGAUAGAAUUUUGAUUUCCUCGAAAAUUCGGCCAAAAGAAUUUAAAAAAGCGGUAUAUUUGAUGGAAGAACAGUUUUAACUGUGGCGAAAUAAAAGUUAAAUGGUGCGCAAUAUCUUAGAGAAUCAGAUCUAUAAUAUAAUUAAUUGUUAAUGUAUAUCCGAGUUGUUGGGUACGCUGUUGUGUUUUUUCCUUGCAAUAUUUUACGGUUCAUUAAAAAAAUAAUUGGAAUAAUAUAGGGUGUGCCAAAAAGUCUGCAACAUAUGGGAAUUUUUUAUUGUUUUUCACCAACACCACCACCCACCCCACGCCCACAACCGGCCCCACACCCACAACGCAUUCCCGACUUCCCCCCGUAUUCCCUAUGCCACUCCGUGACGAACAUCUCUCACACAAUAAGAAACCUACCACGCUACCACACCCCGCUCCACACCAUGCUACCUAUAAACACCACCACCCACCCCACGCCCACAACCGGCCCCACACCCACAACGCAUUCCCGACUUCUCCCCGUAUUCCCUAUGCCACUCCGUGACGAACAUCUCUCACACAAUAAGAAACCUACCACGC